AUGUUUGCUGGUGCUCAGAUUGUCACAACGAAACUAGUCCCUCGUGGUCAACAAAAACCAAUAAUCGAUGCUGAAAAUGAAGAUAAAACUACACAAGAUUUAGUAAAUAUGACUAUAUUAGUACCACGAUCAAAAGCAGCUAUUGUUGUUGAAACUCGAGCAGAAAAAAUUGAACGAAAAGUUCUUGCACAAGAACGAAAACAUGAAAGAAUUGUUGAACAACAAAAAAUUGCUCAUCAUAUGGAAAAUUUAAUGGAAAAAGUUCUUCAUGAAACAUCAUUAUCAAAAAAAGAUGAAGAUAACUUACGUAAUAAAAUCAAAACUAUUAUGACUAAAGUAAAUAAAGAAUCAGACAAAAUCGAUGUCACAUCUCUUCAUCCAUCUAUUACUCAACGUCCAUUAUCAUCAUCAUCAUCUCAAACAAAAUCAGAUGUAUGUAUUUUCUAUUGUUAUAAAAAGAGUCAUUCAAAAAAAUUUCGAAAUUAA